GUGAGCGUGUCCCUGCUGGGAGAAAGUAUCGUGAGAAUGCACCCGCCACAACAACCGCCUCUGAGGAAGUAAGGGUAACCUAUAAUACCAUUCUCUACAUGCGUGCGUAAAUAGGCAUGUACAAAUGUUUGCACUGGGAAGUGCGUGCUGUAGCUAUCAAUGCAGGAAACUACUCCAGUGUUCUGAACAGCGAAACCAUGAACUUCACCGUCACCGUACCUCCUUGAUUCGCCAGCGAGAUGUAUAGUGGUGCGUGCCGUACCAAUAAAUUAGUGCGGGUGUUACCUUGAAAGCGCAUGAGGAAUAUGAAAUGGACUCGUUCCAUGUUCCUUUAUCCAGAUUAUUCUGAGACAAGGCGAGGAGGCGAGUCAGGUCAUUCUCGUCGAGUCAGGAACUGUUCUUGCACUGCGAUCAAUGAACGUAGACGCGAGCAUGAAUCUUGUCACAAAGAAACGGGUAAGACGUUCCUCACGUCUGUCUCUCCUCAAUUCCGUCGGUAAGGCGGGUGCCGAUGGCAAAGUUUGGCAGGAGACGCUUACAAAAGAGGCGCUUCUGGUUCCCAGACACGACGUUUAUGAAAGAUCUAAACGUCCUCCAACUUCCCCAGCAGGAAUUUCUUCUGAGCAGCAAGAAACACAUGCGGGGAAAAGCGUAGCGACAGAGGACAAUGCUGUCUCCAAAAGCGCUGACAACUCUCCGACCGUGGAAACUGGAAAAGUCGGCGAAGACAGGAAACCAAAGAGAAGCUCAGGCAAUAAGACACUCGUGCUUCAAGUUGCAAAUCUGAAUCGAAGGUCGAUCUACGGGGCCCGAGAGAUCCUCGAUGGCGAGAAAAACGCAAUCGUCGCAGAACGUGGGAAUGUCUACGGUGUGACCCUCGUUGCAUUCCCUGCAGCGCAAGUUUUCAGCAUCGACAAAAGGCAAUUCCUGAAAAGCCUCACUGACGAAAUGAAGAGAUCUAUCGACCUAGCCAGCGGACCUCUGCCAGAAGACAGCGAACUGCUGCACCAGUACCUCCAAGCAGUAAAAUGGGAUACUUACAAGCGACAUCUUGCAGAUGAAGUCCGACUGCGGCACAAAUACGUCAAGGAUAAGACGCUAAAAAGCAUACGGGACUGGACGUUUCCUCCACCGGUGAGGCCAAGCAAGUGUCUGUGUAACCUCACAAUAUUCCGACGCAACAUUGCUAUGACACAGGACCUGUGCCGAAUCCCGUAGCAUCUACAGAUUCUCAACUUUUCAGACUCCAAAAUACACACACGAAGACGCUCUAGCUGCCCUCAAUGUAAACCUUGGGCCGCGACAUCCCAUCGCGUGGAUUAAAGAUGCCCCGAGUUCUGAUGACGAGGAGACAGCAAAGGAGGCACGAACAGAUAACUCAGUUGCAUCGGCCCUGAAAGAGAGAGUGCUUGCUGCGCCGUGAUCACGCGAAUGCUCGAGCUGUCUAGUUCAUGUAGUUUGGUGAAUUGUCGUAGCGCUUCUAUUGUAAGUUGUUGCUUGCAGCUUGUGAUUGAGGCCUCACAAGGCCCUCAAAAGUCGUGCUCAUGUUUAGUUGGGCUUAAAUAUUGUUUUUGUCCCUGUUGUGCAACACGUGUAUGCAGCUACGUGAUCUGCUCGGGUAGUUUUGAUGUUUCGCCUCUGGUGCGUGACUCUCAACCGCCGGCUAGUCCACGUUACCAAGCAGGCACUAGGUUGUGCUCUUUUGUAUCGUUUCCUCCUCUCCCCCGCCGGCUACCGUGUUCUGAUCUACAUCACUUAUUUUUCCCCAACGCAACGUGGAAAACCAAAUCUGUGCAAGUGUGACAACAGAAGUCAUUCGCUGUCGCUCGUGAAUCACCUCUGAACCAGUUUAACAUCUUGGGCCUUUCUUGACAAUUGAAUUCUACAAGUCUGAACCAAAGCGUCUUCAUACGGUUAACAUGACAUCGCUCGCCC